AUGAAUAGUGCAUUAGAUACAAUAGGACUAUCUGACAAAAAUCAUACACGUGAAGAAAUGUCGUAUUUAUUUGGUAGAGAUCCUAGUAUUUUAGCAUACGGACAGAGACCAUGUCCAUCUCAAGAGACAAAGAAAAAUUUAUUUUCUGAAUAUGAAAUAGAAGAAUCAAGUUCAGCAGAAAACACACAAUCCUCAAUUCCUGAUUUGCAGGCUUUAAAAACACUUAAAGUUUAUUUACGUUUAAAGCCAUUUCCAAGAAAAAUUAAAUUAUUACCCGAACAAGAAGACGCUUAUAAAAUAAUUAAUUCAACUACUUUGGUAACUAAGUUGCCUUAUUUAGAAAGUAACAGUAGUUUUGCAAGAGCUAAAAAUAGUGAUAUAGCAUGUAGAACUUAUACAUUUACUCAAACAUUUGGACCAGAAACAACGCAAUUACAAUUAUUUGAUCAAGUGAUUAAACAACAAAUGAUAGAUUUCUUAGCGGGACAAAGCUGCAAUGUGAUGACUUAUGGUACAACUAAUUCUGGAAAGUCACAUACAUUGCAAGGAUCAAUCACAUCACCUGGGAUCAUACCACGUGCCUUAGAAUUUGUAUUUUCUAUUAUUACACCAAAAUCUAUACCUUCUUUUAAACCUGUAUACCAUAGCGAUGCAAUAUUUCUUAAUUCUCUUGAACGAGCUCAAGAAUUAGAAGCUAAAACUAAAUUGUUAAGUUUCAGUUCGGUAGAUAAAAAUCAAUAUAUUAAUACUUAUAAACAAAUGCAAAAGAUAUUACAAGAAGAAUCACCAUUGAGAACUAGCGAAUGCACAGAUGCUCAUUAUUCAGUAUGGGUAUCUUUUGCUGAGAUAUAUAAUGAAACUAUAUAUGAUCUUUUAACUGUUGAUUGUCAAAAAAAGAAAGUACCAUUAAAAUUGGCAACUGAUAAUCAUGGUAGAGCAUUCAUCAAAGGUUUAAAUUCUGUUUAUGUUAAUUCUGGUGCUGAAGCCUAUCAAGUUUUAAUGGCUGGCCAAUAUAAUUUAAAAGUUGCUGCAACAGCUUUAAAUGCAAGAAGCUCUAGAUCUCAUUGCAUAUUUACUAUCAAAUUAUUAAAGUAUUAUUCUGACAAUCUAUCUGAUUCAGUAGGUUUAAGCACAUUUUCCUUUUGUGAUUUGGCUGGUUCUGAACGUUUGAAAAAGACAUUGAAUAUUGGUGAUAGAUUAAAAGAAGCUCAAAAUAUUAAUACAAGUCUGUUGGUCUUUGGGAAAUGUUUAAAGUCAAUUUACGAUUCUCAAUUAUCAAAAUUAAAAAGUGAACCUGUCAUUGGACCAUUCAGGGAAUCCAAGUUAACAAGAUUAUAUCAAAGAGCAUUAUCAGGGAGAGAACAUAUUGCAUUAAUUGUUAAUGUCAAUCCUUUGCCAAAUCUUUAUGUAGAGACGCAAAAUGUAUUGAAUUUUGCAGCAAUUGCUAAGAAAAUUGUCAUAGAACCUAAAGUCAAAGAAAAAAGAAAGGUUCAUUCAAGAUUUUCUAAAUUGGUUCAUAAAAGUAUACGAACUGUAACUAAUUGGGACGCUGUAACUUUGGAAAGUACAGAUUGGUUAAAUGCAGAUGCAGAUACUGAGAUAGAGACGGAUGACAUUAAGUUUAUUUCUUCUGAGGAAUAUGAAAAUUUAUUAUUAACAAAUCAACAAUUAAGAAAGGAGAUUACGAAUUUAAAAAAUAUGGCAUUAACUCGUGACUUUGAAAUUCGACAGGAAAUGGUGGACACUUAUACUGCCAUCAUAAAGAAACUUGAAAACGAUUGGAAGGCUCGUAUAAGAGAUGUUGAAGAACAACAAGAAGAUACAUUGCAGUGGUCAAUUAAACAAGUUGAAGAAUUUUAUAAACAAAAGAUUAAGUUGAAUAGUCGAAAAAGGGCACGAUCUGUGGAAUAUGAUGAUGAUGAUGAUGAUGAUAAUGAUGAUGAUAUUAAUAGAAAUUCGAAAGAUAUUAAAGAAUUGGAAUGUGAAAUAUCUCGUUUAAAUACUAAAUUAGGAUCUAUGCAAAAUACUAUUCAAGAAUUGAAAAAACAUAAUCAAAAUUUGAACGUAGACAAACAUAAAGUUGAAUUUGAAUUGAGCUUAGCUAAGGAAGAAUUAAAAUAUACCAAAUCUUUAUUGGAUGCUGCUCAAAAAGAUUUAUGUAACGAUGAAGAGACAGAACAUUUUAUAGAAGAGAUUAAAUUACAAUUGUCUGCUAAAGAAAAUCAUGUUAAGAAACUUAAAGAAUUUUUGAACGAAGCAAAAGAGGAAUAUAUUGUUAUUACAAAUGAUGCUCGAGAGAAAGAAAAUCAAAUUAAAGAACAAGAAGAAAUAAUAAUAGAAUAUGAAGAUAAGAUGGACGAUAUGCAAGAACAAAUUGAUCGUACUAAUUAUUGUCUAUCAGAACAAGCUAAAACGAUUGAAAAAUUAGAAGAGAAUAAUCAAACGAUGGCUGAUAGAAUAAUUGAAUUGGAAAAUAUGUUGGAAUUGAUGAACGUUGAAAACAAUGAAGAUAUUUCUUGCAAAUUGGAAACUUUAAAUCAGUCAGAGGAAAAUAAAAGAAGCAAUUUUUCUGCGGAUGUAAUUGUAAAAACAGAAUUGUGUGAGGAAGAUGUAAUACAAUCGAAAGAUAAAUUGACUAAUUUGGAUACAAAUGAAGAAAUAUUUGAAGAAAAAAUAAUAAUUGAAUCCGAAGAAAAAUUAACAUCGUCGAAUUGUGAUGAAGAAGAAUCAACAUCGAAGGAAGAUAAAAGUUGUCAAACUAUUACAUUACUCACACAAGAAGUCAUUUUACAAACUAGUAUUUUAGAAAAUGAUGUGAAAAAUAUAUCCAUUCAAACAAUUGAUGAUGUGAAUUAUGAAACAAGGGAAAAGGAAUAUAAAGAAUUACAAAUGAAAUUUAACGAAAUAGAAACUGAAUACAAAGAGAAAUUAGGAAACGAUCUUCUAGUUAUAGAAGAAUUGCAAGAGAAGAUUUCUAAAAUGGAUAUUGAUUUAAGUGCAAAGCAAAAGGAAAAAACAGCACUUGAGGCAUUGGUAGAAGAAAAUGUGAAACAACAGGAAAUUUUGCAAAAAAAGUUAGUUGAGUCGAAUAAAAAAGAAAAAGAGAAGGAUGAUGAAAUAUUAGCUAUUCAAAAAGAAUUGAAACGAGUGAUACAAUUAAAAGAUGACGAAGAAAAAUCAAUGGAAAAAGAAUUGAAGAGUACAUUGAAAAUUUUGGAUGAUACCAAAUUAGAAUUGUCCUGUAAACAAAGGGAUUUGAAUAUUUUAGAAUCACGUAUGGGUUCUUUAGAAAAAGUCAUGAAAGUAUUAGAAAGUGUUAAAAAGGAAAGAGACGAACAAUAUACCGAAAUAAAUCAAUUGCAAAAAUAUAAUGAUAUGUUCAGACGAGAUUUGGCAAAUAAGGAAUAUGAAAUGAGAGAAUUUCAAAAGAACAGGGAUGAAACUGUGGAGAAAUAUGAGGAUAUGGUUAAAUCGUUACAAGAUGAAAUGGAAAAACAUAAACGCGAAAUUGCGACAUUUCAAAAGAUGUUAUUUAGACAAACAACUCCAACAUCGAGUAAGGAUGAAAUUAAAAAAUUACAAACUCGUAUUGAUUCAUUACAAAAAAUGGUACAAAAUAAUAGUGAAUCGAAAAAAUCAAAAGCUAAUGAAGAAAGCAAUGCGGAAAGUGAAACAAUGACAGUUGAAUAUUCUACAAAAAGGAGAGGUAGACCUCCGAUGAAUGAAAAUUUACGAAAAGAAACUCCGGUAACAGCUCAAUCCGAAGUGAUUGAUUUAUCUGGUUCAGAAUCUGGUAAACAUUAUGCAAAACCUGAACCACCGAGUAGUGAGAAGCCUGAAAGGAAACGUGCCACACGUAAAAAGAAAUUGUUCGUAAUGAAUGACGAAUCAAUGCAAGAUAUUGAACCUUUGGAAAUUAAAUCUACUCCAUCCGUACCAACUCGUAGUUUAAGAAGUAGAAGAAAGUAAGUUUUUUGGGUAAUGUACAUAAUGAAAUAUUUGUAAAACCAAUGGAUUUUUCAAUAAUCUUUU